GGCAAAAGGAAUCAAAGCUGCGCAAUAUCAUGCCUUUAUGGAUAGUGAUAAAAGAAGAAUAACGCACGAAAAAUGGAUUAGUGGUGAAGUAAAUGUUAUUGUGGCAACUGUUGCAUUCGGUUUGGAAAAAGGAAUCAAAGCUGCGCAAUAUCAUGCCUUUAUGGAUAGUGAUAAAAGAAGAAUAACGCAUGAAAAAUGGAUUAAUGGUGAAGUAAAUGUUAUUGUGGCAACUGUUGCAUUCGGAAUGGGUAUUGAUAAGCCUGACGUUCGAUACGUUAUACAUCAUUCUUUAGCAAAAUCAUUGGAUAAUUAUUAUCAGAGUACAAUGGUAUGUACCGAAAAAACCGGCCUACGUAACUUGUAUUCCAUGCUGGCAUACUGCACACAGGUUUCGGAAUGUCGGCGCGCGAUCAUCGCGGAACACUACAACGUAGAAUGGAAUUCAUCAGUGUGCAAUAAAAUGUGUGAUAUCUGUUCCGAAUCCGGCGACACUGUUUCGAAGUCGGAUACAAAUCGUAUUACGGGUAUGAAAUUGGCUGAAUUGUCAUGCAAGAAAAGUAGGAUGAGCCGAGAAUUAGUUGAGUAUGUAAUUGCAAAACUCAUCCUGGAUGGCUAUCUUAAGGAGGAUUUUCAUUUCACGCCGUACUCAAUCAUCAGCUAUGUUGUGCCCGGUGAAAGAAGUUCAUUAGCCAGUCAGAAUCCGGACAUUAAAAUAACAUUCCCCAUUUCCUCGAUGUUGAUAACUCCCAGUGGAAAAACGAAAACAACCCGUAAAAAGCCACUACUACUUGUUGAUGAUGACGACGAUGACACUGUUGUUGAUGAUAGUUGUGAGCAUGAAAAUAGUGAUAACAUAAUUCCUUUAUGAGU